UUAGCGGAAGCGAAACUCUUUCUCCUCUUGUGCAGGAUAACAAUUUGUCCACUGUCUUGGUGUCUCAUUCUUCUCCCAUUCCAAACAUUUUUAAAGAAGACAUGUCCAUGUCCAUGUCCAUGUCCAUGUCCACCCUUCCCUCUUCAACCUUCCCAAACUCCAAUCUCUCCCUCUCUCCCUCCUCCCAAUCCCCAAAGCUCCCUCUCUUCCACAACCCCACAUCCAUUCCCAAACUCCUUCCUUUCCCCCACUCUCUCUCCCUCUCUCCACGCCUCACCCCUCUUCUCUGCAAGUCCCCCCAGCCAGAGGCCCAAGACGAGUGGCUCCACAAGCUUCCUGAUAAGUCCAAGCCUCUCUACUCCCACAGCCUCCCCUGCAUCGAGGCCUGGCUCCGCAGCCUCGGCUUCUCCCAGGCCAAGGACGAUAGGGCCCUCUGGCUCGUCCACAACCCCGAUUGGCACGCCCACCUCUCGCUCGAUGUCACCGAUCUCUACAUAAGGUAUUUGAAGAGUGGACCUGGGAAUCUUGAAAAAGAUGUGGAGAGGAGGUUUAGUUAUGCUUUAAGCAGAGAAGACAUUGAGAAUGCUGUACUUGGAGGACCAUAGCCAUUUUUUGUUUCUAUCUGUUACAUAUACAACAAUGGCUUAAUUCCUUGUUGGAAAUAGUUGGUCAAUUCAUAUGUUGAAUAUUCAACUUUCAUGACAGUUCUAAAGAAAGGACUAGAGAAAAUGUCACCCUUGUUUACCCUCAAAUUAAAAUCAUUGGUGCUUUUUGGGUGCGUA